AUGAGAAAAGUCCUUUUUAUAGCGCUGCUUGUGUCGUUUGCUGCGUGCAUGACCACCACAGAGCGACUGGCCAGCUACAUGGAAGAAAUGAAAAGGAAGACGUGCGGACUGUAUAACAGCAUGGGCGGAAUUCAAGGCGUUAAAAACACGAUGGCAAAGAACAUUGCACCGCUUGGCAGCAAAAUAAAAGAGCACACAAAGAACUUUGCCUCAAAAAUAAACACAUUUGGAUAUACAAAAGUAAUACCGCAGGCCAAGAAGGCAUACGCCAGCAUAAAGGAAAAAAUAAACACGGAAAAAGAGAAGAGAAAAGACGCGCCUUUGGCAGAAAAAGUUGAGGAAGAACACGCAAGAGAAGAAGACAUAAUUCCACUGAAGGAGAACGAAGAAGAACAGCUGAAAGAGAUUGAGAAGUUCCUAAGGGAUAUUAUUAAUGGAAUGAAGGAGAAAGGAGAGCACGUAAACUUGCACGAUGACUACAACUACGAUGCAAAUGAAGAGGAGAAUGAAGAAGCCAAUGGCCAGGCGGCGGAUGAAGAUAAAGAAGAGCUGAAGACGUUGGAAGAUGAAAGCACCGAAAACAACGAAAGCGCGGCAGAGAAGGGCGCAGAGUUCAAAGAAGACCUUUAG